AUGGCUAACCAACGUAACGUAACGCGUAUGCACGGCUUCUGUCAUCGGCAAAACUAUUACGGCUCGGAAGCUACAGCCGACCCAUCCGCGAGCCUCACACGUCUUCCGAGCCGGGUGUCCAAAAAAACGAGGGGUCCCGCCUCGGCUGUACCGAAAAAUUCGGGUCGGGGCGUCUCACCGAAGCUGCCUGCCGAACCUGGGGAUACGUCUGGCAGAUGUGGUUCGGACAGUCCACCCAUCGAGGUGGUGGUAUUUGAAGAUAAAGCCAUGAUCGCAGUCAACAAACCGCCGGGAAUCAUGGUGCACUCGUCUCGCGAAGCCACGCGGGAGGAGCGAGCGCAGGGAGCCUUCGUGAAGGAUAUGGUGGAGCGACAGCUAGGGUUAGACCGCCCUCUCUUCCCAGCACAUCGUAUCGACCGACCAGCCAGUGGGGUACUCGUGUUCGGGCGGACAGCAGAGGCGUGCAGGCGAGUGCGAGAGGCCAUGGCACACCCAGCUGCUGUGAAGGAGUGA